AUGAAGCAGGGUCAUACUCCUUUAACUACGUCUCCUCCUGAUCCAGCCCUUGUGGCUGGGAUGCUGCUACAACGAGCGGAUGAGCGCGCAACUUGUGGAUACAUCAAUGCAGAUAUAAGUCUGUCACCAACUAAAACUCUCUUGUGCUGUGAUACUGAUGUGGCAAAGGCUCCCCGAUUACAUGCUCCAGAGGCUCGUCAUGCGCCUCCGAUGAAUCCCAUCAAGCUCGUGGGUGCUGCAAUAGCUUGGAAGGAUGUGUGGUUCCGAUUACCUGCUAUGCGGGAAGUGAUUACAACCGAAGACCUCUACAAUGAGUGCGAGACUAUCUAUUGGCAAGAAGCUACGCUCAUGACUGGUUUCCAAUGCGUUCCUGAACCGUUCGUUCGAGUGGCCUUUCUUUCAUAUUCUGGUGAACCUGGCGCAACCUUGACGACUAAUUAUCCCUCAUCCGACACAACCUUGACAGCAACUAGCCCCUCUUCUACUAACUCUUCUCCUACCGAUACCUCUCCUACCGAUACCUAUUCUACCGGGACAAGUACCUCCACACAUUGCUCUGGAUGUACUUCAACUGUCACUCCAUUCCAGUGCAAGUUGCCGGGCGGUGUUGCACACACGUUUGCCGCUCUCAAUAUGUCUCAAUCUAUCAAGGAGGCUUUCCUCCGGUCCGACGCUCAGAUCACUGUAGCAGUCCACCAACCCUAUAUUCGCGUCUAUAAGGUCACUGAUUUUCGGGGUUUGUGA